UUUUAUCGUGUCACAUACUAUUCCUAGAACAGUGGGUUAGGAUACAGUGAACGAAGAGAAAUUAAAAAUCAUUAUUCAAAUCUGGUUCUCAGUCUGGAAGAGAACAUUUUGUCGUCUAUGUGUCAGUCUAUCAGCCACCACUAGCCAAUGCAUCACACAUACAUUUGAUUUUUUUGACCAAAAAACCAAAUGUGUGUGCGAUGCAUUGACAGCCAACGUGUUAAAGAGAGAUAGAGGCUUUAUUUUACGGGGUUAGAUUCGCCGUGUCGAGCUGAUAAAAGUUUAGCAUUGUUUCCCCCAAUUUUGAAAAGGAUAGAUUAGUAGUCUGGUAAGUUGAAACCGUUCUUGACUUUCUUUGAAACCAACUGUUUUAUCUAAGUCUUUUCGGUGCUGGCAAGUAUUUUUACGUUUUGAUUUUGCUGAAGAGCAAUCUCUAUCUAGUUCAGUCGCACCGUAGCCCUCAGAAUUCGAGUAAAUAAUCCUCCUAAAUAUCGUUCAUUUUUGUCAUCUGCUUCCGUUUGUAUUUAGGACGAAUCUUUUUCAAUAAAGGAUCUACAGACAUCAGUAUCCAUUCAUUAUGAAAAACCAAUUCUUGGUAUUGAAAAAAUAUCAAAUUCAUCUGUCGAACAAAGUAAUCUAGUUAGUGACACCCCGUUGCAUGACAAUGACGAUAAAAGAACAUUUUUACUUCAAAUUGCUUCAGUUCCUGGUAGUCAAGCAAAAAAAAUAGAUUUUGAACAGUCAAGACCCAAACACGAUGAAUUAAUGAAUCGUUUGCUAUCAAAAUCUGAUCCAUCUCAGAUAGAUAUUCUUGUCGAUUUAGAAAUAGAACAUAAAGUACUUCUUGCAUCUGGUUAUAGUUUGACGCAAGAAUGGGGUUUAGAACCUAAUCUUUAUUUACAAGUACGUUGCACUGAAGAUAGAGCUAGGUCAGUGAGCGCUUUGUUUGGAACUGCGUUUAGUCAAGAUGGAGUAGGAAUUGUUACAGAAGAAGAAGUUAGUUUAAAGAAUAAGAGUGAUAGGCCUGAUGAUGUACACCGUUAUAUUAAAGUUAGCAGACGAGAUCAGGAACCUAUAAAAGAUACCGAGGGUCAUGAAAUUAUAAAAGCUGUUAAAGAAAAAAUUAACUGUAGUUUUUCAGCUCAAGCGGAUAAACUUCGUUAUUCAGUUGUUUUUCAUGAUUAUGAAUGUAAAGAAGUAUUGUGUCGAUGCAAAUAUUGUCCGUGGGUCGCACAUCGUCAAAGACGGCAUGUCGUGGCUCCCUCCGAUCCAUUAGAUGCAGCUGUAAAAGAGAUGGAGGGCAAAUUGGGCUCUUUUGAUAAGCUGGUGCUAAAAUUCAGUAACUGGAGAGACGGAAAAGGAUGGAAUUUACGUUUAAGAGAAACAGCCGAGUCGAUGUUAAUGCCUACUGGACCAUUUAAGUGUGACUCGAAUGUGAAUCCAGAAUGUACAAAUGGCAUUGAAGCAUCAAAUAUCCCAGGCCUCGAUUCUCUGGAACAAUUGCACGUACCACCAAAAGGUGACACUUCAGAGAUAAUUUUGGUCAUUUUGGCGUUUAUUAUCAUUAUACCCGUUCUAAUCAUUAUUGUGUGGAGAGUAAUUCGGGCAAGAAAACAUGGCAGACAAGCACGUGAUGAUGAGAGUGUAACAUAG